AUGUUGUGGACCGUCUGCUGCUCUCUGGAGCCCCCAGCUGGCCAUGGGGGAAAUGGGGCUGUGAAGACCACUGUUCCCUCUCAGGUCCGGAGUCAGUUUCCAGCUGUAGCCAGGGAGGCCUGGUCUGGCUGGCUGAAGAUCCGGGAGCCGUACGAGCGCCCAUGCCUGCUGGACUGCUUCCAUGACUUCUGCGCUGGCUGCCUGCGCGGCCGGGCCACUGAUGGCCGCCUGUCUUGUCCGCUGUGCCAGCACCAGACCCUGGUGAAGGGUCCUAGCGGGCUCCCACCGGUGGACCGGCUGCUGCAGUUCCUGGUGGAUAGCUCUGGGGAUGGUGUGGAGGCUGUGCACUGUGCCAACUGCGACCUGGAAUGCAAACUCUGGCCUGAACCAGCUCUCGGUCCUCAGGACGCAGAGACCACGUACUUCUGCAACACCUGCGGGCAGCCCCUGUGCGCACGCUGCCGCGAAGAAACGCACCGUGCGCGCAUGUUCGCAAGGCAUGACAUAGUAGCCCUGGGCCAGCGCAGCCGCGACGUGAUCCAGAAGUGUGCGCUCCAUUCGGAGCCCUACAUCAUGUUUUCCACCGACAAGAAGUCGCUGCUGUGCAUCCGCUGCUUUCGGGACAUGCAGGGGGAGAGCCGGGCCCACUGUGUGGACCUGGAGUCCGCUUAUGUUCAAGGUUGCGAGCGGCUGGAGCAGGCAGUGCUGGCAGUGAAAGCCCUGCAGACAGCCACGAAAGAGGCCAUCGCGCUGCUGCAGGCCAUGGUGGAGGAGGUGAGGCACAGUGCCGCUGAGGAGGAGGCAGCCAUCCACGCCCUCUUCGGCAGCAUGCAGGACAGGCUGGCUGAGAGGAAAGCCCUGCUGCUGCAGACUGUGCAGAGCCAAUAUGAAGAAAAGGACAAAGCCUUCAAGGAACAGCUUGCCCACCUGGCCUCCUUGCUGCCCACCCUGCAGGUUCACCUGGUCAUCUGCUCCUCCUUCCUCAGCUUGGCCAGCAAGGCUGAGUUUCUGGAUCUGGGUUAUGAGCUGAUGGAGAGGCUGCAAGGCAUCGUCACGCGGCCGCAUCGCCUAAGACCGGCUCAGAGCAGCAAGAUCGCCAGCGACCACCGCGCAGAAUUCGCGCGCUGCCUGGAGCCGCUGCUGCUGCUGGGACCCCGCAGAGCUGUGUCCACCGCUGGCGUCGCCAACACGUUGGCAGGGAGCUCAAGCCCCAAGGUGCUGAAGACACCCAGCUGUCCCUCCCCAGUGGGAAAGAUGUCAGGGUCACCCGUCCCCAAACCCUCGCCACAUCGUUCCAUGAGCACGAAGGUUCUCCUGGCCGAGGGCGAGGACACACCCUUCACAGAGCACUGCCACCAUUACGAGGAUUCCUAUCGGGGUCUGCAAGUAGAGGUGCAGAACCUCAAGGACCAGGUCCAGGAGUUACACCGAGACCUCACCAAGCACCACUCGCUCAUCAAGGCGGAGAUCAUGGGGGACAUCCUGCACAGGUCCCUACUGUUGGACACACAGAUUGCUUCUGAAUAUGCCUCCAUGGAAGGCAUGAGAGCAAUCUUCCAGGAGAUUUGGGAGGACUCCUACCAACGAGUAGCUACCCAGCAGGAGAUUUAUGAAGCCCAGCUCCAUGACCUUCUCCAGCUGAAGCAGGAGAAUGCCUACCUGACCACCAUCACCAAGCAGAUCACGCCCUACAUCCGCUCCAUUGCCAGGGUGAAGGAGCGACUGGAGCCCAGAUUCCAGGUACCCGUGGAUGAGCACACAGAGCAGAGCAUGACUGAUGACGGCAGGGACCACGAGACCUCAGCCAGGAUCGACACAGAGAGCAUCCUUGAGAAGAGAGAGAGGGCAUCUGAGCCCCACGGAAGCAGCUGGGCCCUGGGCAGCCUCCCAGAAGGGCCUCCAUUAAAGAACCAAGACCACCCCAGGCCCAAGUAGGAAACUGGAGAUGGGGGAUGGCAAGGUGGAUCAGGACCCGAAGAGGCUUGCUACCAAGCCUGACCCCUUGGACCGCCAUGGCACAGGGAAAGAACUAAUUUUCCACACACAUUCACAAUAAAGAAGUAAUGGAUCUUCUCAAUGA